AUACUACCAGUUAUAUUUCACAAUCUUCAAGGUUACGACGCGCAUUUAUUUAUAAAGCAACUUGCUAAAAUUCAAGGAAAAUUAGAUUGUAUUCCAUCUACGGAAGAAAAUUAUAUAUCCUUUUCUAAAAAUAUUAAAGUUGGUAAGUAUGAAGAUUAUACUGGAUUAACUUUACCAAUAAAUUUCGAAAUUCGUUUUAUAGAUUCGUUUAAGUUUCUUCAAACAUCUCUUGCUAAUCUUGUUUCAAAUUUACAACCAGAUGAUUUUCAUAAUACAAAACGAGAGUUCAAGAAGAAUGUAGAUCUACUCACUCGGAAGGGAGUUUAUCCUUAUGAUUAUGUUUCAUCGCUUGAAAAAAUGUCCGAAACACAAUUACCUCCAAAAGAAGAAUUUUAUUCGAAACUAAAUGAGGAAGACAUAUCCGAAGAUGAUUACCAACACGCAAUAAACGUGUGGAAUACUUUUAAUUGCAAAACAAUCAAAGAUUAUCACGAUCUUUACCUAAAAUCCGAUGUGUUACUAUUAGCCGAUGUGUUUGAGAAUUUCAGGAAAACUUGUCUAAAACAAUACAACCUUGAUCCAGCUCAUUAUUACACAUCUCCAGGUUUAGCUUGGGAUGCUUGUCUCAAAGAAACAGGGCAGGAAUUACAGUUACUACAUGAUUAUGAUAUGCUCAUGAUGAUUGAAAAAGGUAUUCGCGGUGGAAUAACUCAUAUAUCAAAGAGAUACGCAGAGGCGAAUAACAAAUAUAUGAAAAAUUACGACCCCCAAAAACCGUCUACAUUUAUUCAAUACCUCGAUGCAAAUAAUCUUUACAGUUGGGCAAUGUCACAAAAUCUUCCAACAAAUGGAUUCAAAUGGAUGACUAACCUAACAAAAGACAAACUCAUGGAAAUCCUAGAAAAAACAAAUCAUAGUAUGUCAAAUCGAGGAAAAAAAGGCUACGUCUUUGAAGUUGAUUUGGAAUAUCCUAAAAAACUAUGGGAAACACAUAAUGACUAUCCUCUUGCACCUGAAAAGAUGAAUGUUAAUGGAGUUGAAAAACUAAUUAGCCAUUUUAAACCAAGAAAAAAUUACGUUGUCCAUUAUCGAAAUCUUAGACAAUAUCUUGAAAUGGGAAUGAGGAUAACUGCUGUUCAUAGGGGAAUAACUUUUAACCAAAGUCCUUGGAUGGAACCCUAUAUCAGAAAGAACACAGAACUAAGAAAAACAGCGGCUAACAGUUUUGAGAAAGACUUUUUUAAACUCAUGAACAAUUCAGUGUUUGGAAAAACAAUAGAAAACAUACGAAAAAGACAAAAUAUAGUACUUGUUGAUAAUCGUAAGAUAGCUGCUAAACUAAUAAGUCGUCCGAACUUUGAUAGGGCUACGAUAUUUGAUAAAAAUUUUAUAGCUGUUCAUAUGAAAAAAACAGAGGUCUAUUUUAACAAACCAGUCUAUGUUGGUCAAGCAAUCUUAGACUUAUCCAAAACCUUAAUGUUUGAUUUUCACUACAAUUAUAUAAAAGACAAAUACGAUACAAAAGCGGAG